AUGUCGUAUAUGUUACCACAUUUGGAGAAUGGAUGGCAGGUAGACCAAGCCAUCCUCGCCGAGGAAGACCGUGUUGUUGUGGUGCGUUUUGGCCACGAUUGGGACCCCACAUGUAUGCGGAUGGAUGAGACUCUUUUCAAGAUUGCCCCGAAAGUUAAGAAUUUCUCGGUGAUUUACCUUGUCGACAUCACGAAGGUUCCCGAUUUCAACAAGAUGUACGAAUUGUACGAUCCUUGUACUGUGAUGUUCUUCUUCAGAAACAAGCAUAUAAUGGUGGAUUUGGGU